ACUUCUACUGUGAUAACAAGCAUCGUUUAUCGUUGGAUUGUUGUAAGAAAACAUUAAAAAUGAGUGAAGCAGCUUCUCCAAAGAAAAUCGCACCCAAGAAGAAACCUGCUGCAAAGAAGACAGCUGAUCACCCUAAAUAUGUGGACAUGAUCAAGGCUGCUAUCGCUACCCUAAAGGAACGCGGUGGUUCAUCUCGCCAAGCUAUUACAAAAUAUAUUCAUGCAAAUUACAAAGUUGCUGAAAACUCAGAUCAUCAUCUGAAAAUGGCUCUUAAACGAGGAGUAACAUCAGGCGAUUUGAUUCAAACUAAAGGCACUGGUGCUUCUGGAUCAUUCAAGCUAGGUCAGGUAAAAAAAGAAAAACCUAAGAAAAAGGCCGCAGCAAAAAAGCCAACGGCAAAGAAGCCUACUGCAAAGAAAAGUACACCAAAAAAGAAGCCAGCAAAGAAGAGCACGCCAAAGAAAGCAGCAAAGAAGCCUGCCACAAAGAAAGCCUCGGCUAAGAAACCAGCAGCUAAGAAACCCACAAAGAAGCCUGUUGCUAAAAAACCUGCAGCAAAGAAGGUCAAAAAGACUCCCAAAAAGGCAGCAAAGAAGACCGCAAAAAAAUAAUUUGUGUGUAUCUGGCUAUUACAUUAACAAACGGCUAUUUUUAUAG